AUGGCAUCCAUUCCAAGGCACGACUCGACCAUUUCCUUUCCAACACUCCCGGGCUCACCCACCAAGUCUCCACUUCAAACACGGUUGCCGACCUUUUCCACAUCGCACUACGCUGAUCCUCACGAGCCGGAUUCGAUGCCGCCGCCUCGUGCUACCCACGCGAAGGCGUAUCCCGCAUCCACUCAGUCCGCUCAGUCGCAACAACGACACUCAAUUGUAUCAGACGAUUCCUCUGCAGCGUCCUCAGCCGAUUACUUUGGCAUUAACCCGCAAACCAGCAGACCUAUUUCGGCCACCACGCUCGCAUCGUCUCGCCCGUCCUCGGUGGCAUCCAAUGCUUCCUCGGGAAGUCAUGUUCAGGGUCAGCUCACCUCUUGUGCCGACCUGCUCAGUCCCGGCCUUGCAUCAGCGCUAGGUCUUCUUCCCAGUCAGGCAAGUAACUUUGCCUUCCCCAGCUCUAGCAGGACCGCUGCAGGCCCCACCCCUCCGGAUUCGAUCGCAAGCAGCUCCAGCAACCACAAUCAUGCAUCUGCUCGUCCGCUACAAAGGCGUGUCCGAGCUCAGAGUGCACAGGGCGCAGCCCUCUCACACCGACGCCCCUCUUUGCCAUCGGUGUCCAGCAUUAACCACCGCAUCAGCGUAGCCAGCGUCUCGAGCUUCGAGAGCUUACCUGAAGAUGAAAUCGUUCAGGGCUUUCUCGCUCCGGGUGUUCUCCCACUCAAAUCACGCGCGUCGAGCUACGAACGCAUCCCUCGCAGCGCAACCUUCAGCUAUCCGCACGCCAAGGAUGAAGCAAAUUUCACAGACAGCGGCGACCCCUCGACCUCGUCCAUUUCCCUUGGCAGUGCUGUCUCGAUCGCGACUGGCUCCGAGGCCUCAUCCACCGGCGACCAUCCACCUCCUCGUACAGAUUCUGCCUCGGCCUCGUCCUCCUCCACGGCAUCUUCCUCUCACGGCUCACGCCCCAGCGCUACCAGCUCCACGUCCACCAUCACUGCAGGCUCUUCGCGACCGAGCUACUUUCUUCGCCGCGCUGCCACUGCUCCCGUUCCGGCCGCCGAUGUGGCAAUCCUCAUGGCACAUCGUCAACGCAGCGCAAGGGAGCUCCUCGACACCGAACGUUCCUUUGUUGCCAGCUUAACCCUAAUCGACCAGGAAUACUACCAGCCACUGCUAGCCAGCCUCGGCAAGGGAAAGGCAACCGCUUCACAGAAUGCAUUACCGCCCAUCUUGUCGCGCAAAUCCGUCGCCGACAUCUUUUCCAACUUUUACGACAUCCUCCAACUCAGUAGAGAGCUCCUCAGCCAGUUGGAAGAUCGUCUGCAGAUGGCUCCUUCGCCACCCUUUGCCCAAGGCUCAUUGGCCAAUCAGAUUCGUGCAGAGCCCGUCGCAGGUAUGGAAUGGAAUCCUGCCGUUGAUUGCAUCGGCGACAUCCUCGCUACCCUGGCUCCUUUCCUCAAAAUGUACUCGCUCUUUGUCAAGAACUUCAGCAGCGCUCUUCAACGCAUCGAGUCCGAGCAAAAGACCAACGAAGCCUUCGCCAAGUUUCUCAAGGACACCGACCAGAAGCGUGCAGCCAAAGAGAAGAUCACCACCACCACGGGAAGCGUGCGACAUGCCUUUGGCUACGGUCUCGGUUUUCAGGCUCAUCUGCUCACCAUUGUUCAGAGGAUUCCGCGCUACAAGCUGCUCGUAGACGACCUCGUCAAGUCGACGCCCGAAACGCAUCCAGACUGCGUUGAUCUCCGGCGCGCCAGCCACAUGAUCGAGCAGGUGGCGUCCUACAUUAACGAAAACGUCCGACAGCACGAGAUGGUGCUCACCAUGCUCGGCUUGCAAAAGAGCCUCCAGGGUCUCACCGAACCGCUCGUGGCCCCGGGAAGGGUACUCAUCAAGCGAGGCACGCUCAUGAAGACGUGUCGUCGCAACGUCCAACCGCGCGAGUUUUUCCUCUUUACCGACUGCCUCAUCUAUGCAAGCCCCAUCUCGGGUGGCAUCGAAGCCGCCUCUGCAGCUUGGACCAUGCUCGCACAGCGUGGUGGUCUUUACGGAGCUAGCACCUUAGAGCCACCUCAGUCGCCAACGAUCGUCUCGCCACUAUCAGGACCUGCUUCGCCCAUCGAGUCUGUGCUGACACCACCAGGCAUGUCGGCGCCGUCGGGUCCGCGUGCCCGGCUAGCAUCGGUGCCCGAACCCUAUACUCCGUUGGCGGGCGCCAUUUUUUCGCUGGCAGGGCAUCAGCUGCAGUUUCGAGACAAGUUCUGGCUGCGAGACUGCACAGUGGUCAGCGUCGAGAACAACACCAACCAAGGACUUCGCCACUGUUUCGAGAUCCGCACACCUGACAAGUCGUUUGCCGUGUAUGCCGAGAGUCAGGCGAGCAAGGAAGCUUGGGUCAAUUGCAUCCGCGACGCUCGUGCUGACCACAUGUCUGCGCGUCGGACGCUCAAGGCGGAAGAGGACAGCAUCGAGGCCAAGAGGGAGAGGCGAAGGUCGCUGUACAAGGUUGAUCCGUCGAAAGCAGCGAAUAAACGACUUAGCACGCAGAGCUUAGGAGCGUACCUCGCUGCCACCAAUCUGAUCGGGCAAGGACCGGACAGGGCGGUAGUGCCGUCAGAGCAGCUCGUCGAGCCGAGCGCUUCGAGGUCCGUGUCGCAAGAGCGCGAACCAACGCCGCGUCGCUCGCGCGUCGAUUCGCUUCCCAACCUGCUCAUGCGGCCACCUUCCUUCCCCUCGUUCGCGACCAGCGGUACCAACCUGUCGUUAGCAAAUCUACUUGCUUCAAAUGCGUCUCUUGCAGCGCCGGCACCGCUACGCGUGUUGGAAGAUUACAAUGCGCCCGUAUGGGUGCCCGACAACCGUGCAGACAAGUGCUGCAACUGUCAAGAGGCCUUUGGCAUGUGGCGUCGCAAGCACCACUGUCGGCUGUGUGGACAAGUGGUCUGUUGGACCUGCUCGCAGCGGUCGUUUUUGAUUCCUAGCUACCAGGAUGGCGAGCCGGACCGACCUGCACGAGCCUGUGACCGAUGCUACGACAGCGUCUUCCCACCUGAAGACAGCGACGAUGCGGAAUCAGCAGCAGCGGGCGCCGCCGCCGCCACCACUACAGCAGAGGCCAUGGCAACAGCGCCAGACAGUGCCGAAAUGUCGUCCGUGCCCAGCUCGAGUACCGACGAAAGCGUGACUCAGGCGCUGAGUGCCUAUCAUAUUGGUGCCUCGGACGGCGACACGGAUGCAGAGGUCAGCCGUCACGGCUCGCCGCUCACGCCGCCAAUUGGGCAUGAUUCGCCGGCAACCAACGCGGACGCAGAACUGGCCUUGAAUACGGCAUCCUCUCCGGUCGAUGCGAACGCAAUUCGAUCUGCACUGGCAAAGAAGACUGGCUCUGACGCACGACCCAAGUCGCUGCGAUUCGAUGCUUUGCCGCCACUGGAGCUUGCAGUCGGCCCUGGAGCCCUCCAGGCCGAUGCGGUCUCGCCUACAACGCCCUCUCGUCCCACACAAGCGACUGCGUCGCCCGCACGGCCAAGCACGCAAGUCAUUCAAACAGCAUCGCCGCAGGUAGAACGAAGAAGCAGUGCGAGUGCACGCACGUCGCCGAUGCGAUUGAAUCAGGCUCCGGUCUUACCAGCGCGGUCCAAGUCCUUGGCAGGUCCCUUGGCUUCGGCUUCGCCGCGAGUCAUGUCGACCGAGGCUCGACUGAACCGUGCCUCUGCUCUGGAAGCGCACCAUCUGUUUGCUAGCCAUCAUCGCAACCCGCAGAUCCAGGCGGCCACUUCGGGAUCGGGCACUUUCCGUUUAGUGACCCCAAGGCUGACGACACCCGAAUCCGAGCUGCCACCUGGCGUGGCGGGCAAGAGAAGUGGGUUCUCGCCCAGCAUCAUGGAUGUGGGUUACUUUGGAGCGACGACGGGCGCGAUCCAGGAGGACGCCGAGGAUGAAAGUGACACGCAGGGUGCUGCUCCAGCAGUGGCGAGCGCUGGCGCGAGUCCCAGCAAGACGUCGGAACCCUUCAAGCCGUGGAUGCUGCAUGCCAUGUCACCAACGGGCGGUGCUCAUCUGCGACCGGCGCGCAAACGACCGCUGAGUGCAGCAGCGCGCCUGAGCAGCUUUUAUGGACCUCUUCUGGCGAGCAGCAGCAACAACGCGGGCACACCUUCCCAGAUCAAUGCAUCUGCUUCUUCGGCGUCUACGAUCGACGAGCAAAACAACAGGGGCUGA